AGAAAAAAUAUUCCAUCUUCGCUAUCGGUGCCGCCAUGUCUCUCUGGCUCCCUCGCUUGCCAUCUCCUUCCCUUUCUCCAGCAACUUCAGAUGGAUCCAAUGCAAGGAACGAAGUUCAUAGCAGACCUAACAUUAAUAUAUUAGAGGGGGACAAAGUGAGAAUAAAGAAGAUGUUCGACAAAAUUGAACUUUCUGCAUCGAGUUAUGACACAGCUUGGGUGGCAAUGAUACCAUCACCUUCUUCUCCACAAACUCCUCUCUUUCCUCAGUCACUAAACUGGUUACUGCAAAAUCAACAAAACGAUGGAUCAUGGGGUCUUUCUGAUCGUCACGAGUUGCUUGUUAAAGAUUCUCUUCUAUCUACUUUAGCUUGUGUUCUUGCACUUAAGCAGUGGGGUGUUGGUGAACAGCAAACUAACAGAGGACUGGGAUAUAUCGAGUCCAACAUUGCUUCAGCUCUUGAUGAUAAGCAACAUUCUCCAAUAGGAUUUGACAUCAUCUUUUCUCAUUUGCUCGAGCAAGCCCAGAAGUUGGAUCUAAAUCUUCCUCUUGGAGGGAAACGUUUAGAGACAUUCAUGCAAAAAAGAGAAUUGGAGCUCCAAAGCUGCAGUGGGUGGGGAAGCAAGUCAGAAGGAUGGAAAGCAUAUGUGGCAUACAUCUCAGAAGGAUUUGGGAAGUCACAGAACUGGGAAAUGGCUAUGAAGUUUCAAAGAAAGAAUGGUUCUUUGUUUAACUCCCCGGCCACCACCGCAUCAGCAUAUACUCACAUUAACAAUGCACAUUGUCUUGAUUAUCUAUUUUCACUCUUAGAUAAAUUUGGAAAUGCUGUUCCAGCAGUUCAUCCUUUUGAUGUGUAUGCUCGACUCCAUAUGGUUGAUAGUCUUGAAAAGUUGGGUAUUGAUCGCCAUUUUAAGGAGGAAAUUGAAAGUAUACUAGAGGAAACAUGGAGAAUGUGGCAAAAGGAAGAAGAUGACAUAUUUUUAGAACCCACCACAUGUGCCAUGGCAUUUCGUUUGCUACGUUUGCAUGGAUACAAUGUUUCUUCAGAUGCACUUGAUCGGUUCUCAGAAGACAGAUUUUACAAUUCUCUUCUGGGUUAUUUGAGGGAUGUCGAGGCUGUUUUGGAGUUACAUAAGGCUUCUCAUAUAGUUUUGCAUUCAAAUGAUUUAGUUUUGGAGGACCUAAACUCUUGGACACAACACUUCCUUGAGGAAUAUUUGUCCUCUUCCUCAAAAAAUGCUUAUAAGCUGCCUUCUAAUCAUAUUGACCACGAGGUACCUUUUGCCAUGCGUUUUCCUCAUCAUGCUUAUUUGGAUUUCAUUUUAAACCGAAGAUCUAUAGAGCAUUACGACGUCCAUCAAACGAGAAUUUUGAAAUCUUCAUAUUGUUCUAUGAAUCUCGCAAAUAAAGAAUUCCUCAAAUUGGGAACAGACGACUUCAAUCACUCUCAACUAUUAUUUCGUGAAGAAUUCAACCUGUUCAACAAGUGGUUUAUGGAGAGUGGAUUGGAGAAACUACAUUUUCCAAUCUCAAAAACAAAAGCUGCCUAUUCCUUCUUGACUGUUGCAGCAACACUGACCUCCCCAGAACUUCGCGAAGCACGCCUGACAUGGGCAAAGCAAAGCUUGCUGGGAUGUGUGGUUGAUGAUUUCUUUGAUGUUUGGGGUACUGAAGAUGAACACAUAAACCUUAUUCAGUUAAUGGAGAAGUGGGAUGUAGAUGUCGACAAAGAAAGUUGUUCUGAGACGGUGAAGAUAAUAUUCUUAGCACUAAAGAAAACAAUUCAUGAGAUUGCAGCCGAAGCAUAUAAAGUUCAAGGACGGAGUGUGUUGAACCACUUGAUUCAGAUCACGGUGGAUUUACUGCGAUCUGAGUUAAAAGAAGCAGAAUGGUGCAGGAACAAGUGUGUGCCAAGUAUAGAAGAAUAUGAGCGUAAUGGAAUUAUAUCAAUGGCCUUGGGACCAAUUAUCAUCCCCGUAAUGUACCUUGUUGGACCUAAGCUUCCACAGUCUGUCACUGAAAGUGAUGAAUACAAUUGCCUCUUUGAGCUUGUUAGUAUUUAUGGGCGAUACCUCAAUGAUGUUAAUGGCUACCAGAGAGAAAAAGAAGAAGGGAAAUUCAUCAACUCCAUAAGCUUGCGCCUGAUUCAUGGCCAUGGGGAAGAACGUGAAGAAGAGAUCAUAAAGAAGAUACAGAGUAAAAUAGAGGAGAAGAGAAAGGAGCUGUUGAGAAUGGUAUCAAAGGAAGAAGGAAGCAAAAUGACAAGAGAAGUGAGGGAUGUGUAUUGGAAAAUGAGCAGAUCACUUCACCUGAUUUACAAGAAAGAAGAUGUGAUUCAUGCGAAGGAGAUGCCAAAUGAGGUGCUCAACAUCAGAGAUAUAGUUCUCAACAGUCCCAUUAUUUUAGAUUCAUAGAUCACUCGGGGGAUUCCAAAUUCUCUCAUUUGAUUGGAAACUAAUUUCCAAAGAGAUCGAUGAUAGAGAGAGGAGGGACUUGUAGGGAUUAUGCACCCUUAAAGCUUUCUUUUAUGUUUUUAUAUCCUUGGCUCCUCAAAAUUUAUACAAACUUUUUAA